AUGACUACUGCGCCUACCAUGCCUUCAAAGGCUCGUAGCACCGACGAUGUUCACGUUCGACCUAAAGGUAUCCUGAAGAAUAGUAACUCUUUCCAACUUGCUCCCGUGUCUGCGCCCGUGGCUGCAGCGCGGCCGAGCAUUUCCCCUCUGACUGAAACUGGCGACACCAAGGAGUUGACACUCCAAAACACCUUGGUCAAUGCGGGCCGGCGACGAUCAUCCUCCACGCGACCGGGCUCUGAGUUGCGUCGGCAAUCACACGCGAGUCAGCAUGAUGAGAAUGAGCCACGCUUGAAAUGGGACGAGGCGAAUCUCUAUCUGACAGAGCAGGAACGCACAGCGAAGAUGAAGAUCGAUGAACCAAAGACUCCGUAUGCGCCGCACUACGAUCCAGCCGAGGAUGAAGAGGAGAUUCAGCUCGAGGAGGCCCAGGAACGCCUGAUCGACGCGCAAGACGUGGUGGUUGAUGAACUCGACAAGACCACUCGCGGGGGCCACCACAAGAAGGGCGUGUCCGAGGACGACAUUCCAGACCUGGAGCUUGGCGAGGCGGAAGAGAACCCCGUUGCUGAAGAGGGCCCUGCUCAGAGGAUCUAUCGCGAGCGCAGCAUGAGCACCGAGUCACACAAGAGCGACAAACAUGUUGUGGUGGAGCCAGAGUCCAACGGGGAUGUGGGUGCGACCGAGAACGAUCUCAUCACCACCGAGGAAGCAAAGGAGAAGCACCGCCAGUUUGAGGAACAUCGAAAGAAGCACUACGAGAUGCGGAAUAUCAAGGAACUUCUUGCGCAUCCCGAGGAACUUGAUGAGGAUGAGAUGGACGAGGAGGAGGAUACAACCGGUCCUGGUCCUGCGCCCGCCAUGCCCGGUAUUCCUGAGCAGUUCCGGAGUAGUGGGCAAUAA